UUAUAAAUGGAGGAAGAAUUCUCUGAAGAUGCUUCAGUAGAGUGGAUAACGCCAACAUCAUGGCCUCGACAAAGCUGCUAAUCUUCGCUGCAAUGGUGGCCCUAAUGGCUUCCAGCUGCUCGGCUGCCAGUCUCCUGGACGCCGUUUUCCCGACCCUUAUGGCGGAGUUCUACGAACAAGUUCCCACGCAAGAGGGUUACCGUUUCAAUCUGGAAGAGCCGAAUGGCAGCAAGCGCGAGGAAAUGGGAGUCCUCCUGAAUCCGGGCACUGACAAGCAGGAGCUCGUGGUGAUGGGUACCUACUCCACCUACGACGAGAAAACCGAUACGGAAUCCAUGACCAUGUACACUGCCGACAAGGAUGGUUACAAGGCCCGCUACCAGAUCAAGAAUCGCAAACUGGCGGGUCCCACUCUGAAGACAGCGGCUGGUUAAACAGGAUUCGGGUGCAACUAAAUAAAAAGUUAAAAAUAGUUAAAGAAUAGCUCCGAAACUAGCUUCAUAACACGGGAAAUAAAUAUUAAAAAUGUAUAUAAGCAUAUAUGUAUGUUAGAAAAAAUUUGUUUAUUGAGAUAUUUUUUGCCAGCUAACUGGUACAGUGGGUCACUAAGGAUUUACAUUUACAUAAUUGGGUCGUUUAUAUGGUUUUUGUAAUUACUUUUAUAUCUGAAGGCUUAAUACGAAUAAAAAAUAUAUAUAUGUAUAUAUUUUAGAUUUAAGAUUUUAGUUUGUUUUGCACUAAACUUGUACAUGUUGAAAUAUUUACAGUCAAUUUAGUACAUGGACAACGUGUAUCUAGUUAAAUAAAUAAUAAAUUAGCAUAGAGCAUAUAGCAUAUAGCGAUUAUAGAGAGAGAUAUAGAGAGAGGGGAGCUGAAUGCAUGACUUUCUCCAUUAAAAGAUUACGAAAUGCGCUCUCUGGGCGACGACAUAGUUAGUGAUAACUUAACACUCAGUUAUCAGUUAUCAUUUAUCCUUGUAUAUCAUAUUACGUAUAGUUUUAACUAGAAGAGGGUUCUCCUAUUAGUUA